AUGAAAGAUAAGAAAGGUAAUAUUUUAUUUAGUGGUUUAAAAUAUAUUGAUGGUUCAAAACUUUCAUUGGAAUUGACUGAUGGUUGGUAUAAAAUAAAUGCAUGUAUUGAUCCACCAUUACAACGAGCUAUAGUGAAAUCUAAAAUAAAAAUAGGUUACAAGCUUGAAAUUUGUGGUGCAAAGGUUUAUGGAAAAUCUGUUGGCAAAACUUCAGCUUUAGAUGAAACAAACUCCAUAUGCUUGAAAUUAUCAGGAAACUCGACGAAACUUGCCCAUUGGGACUCCAAGCUUGGAUUCAGAAAGUUUAGACCAUUUGCUUCAUUAAACAGCCUUACUCCAGAUGGUGGAUUUAUUUUUGCAAUUGAUGUUAUAAUAAUGCGAAAAUAUCCUUUGAUGUACCGUGAAACAACUAAAGAUGGAAUAUAUAUCAUACGCAAUGAAAAAGGUGAAGAGUUGGCUCGUAGAAAUUUCGCAGAAAAGAUACAGGGAAAGAUACAAUCCUUACUGCAAGACUAUGAUUGGAGAUCGCCACAACAAGAUUCUAAUAAAUUAGAAAUAAAUGAUGACAAUAAUACUUCAGCAAGCAAUGCCAAAUUCAAACAACAGAAACAAGUAAUUACCAAACAAUUAAUACAAAGUCUUACAUCUGCAGAAGAAUUAUAUAAUUUAUUGCAGAAUAAUAGCGAGUAUUCUAAUCGAAUCAUUGAAUACUUGAGUUUUGAUCAGAGUAGAUGGUUGAAUGAUUGGUUGAAUAGAAAAGAGAUGAGUAAUUUAAAUGAAAGGAAUAAGUGGCUUAAUGAGCAAUUGGAAUCAGUAGAUUUGAAAAGUGUUCGUUCUGUUAUUCCAUUCUUUAAAGUACGUGUGUGUGAUUAUCACAGUCAAUCUAAAGCUAUUAGAAAGGCUCAAUCAAAAGUUAACAGAGAAGCAUUGAUCACUAUAUGGAAUCCUGCUAGCUCUUUAUAUGAUUCUAUUCAUGAGGGACAAAGAUAUCAGAUACAUUCGUUGAUGGUAGCCAAUAAUCAAUCAUAUGAUCCAAAUUUAUCAUCAACAAUUUCUUUGAUACAUCUGACAUCAAUAGGACAUACAACAAUAUGGAGAAAACAAAAGGCAGAUUUAAAUGAAAUUAGGAAUUCGUUAUAUAGACCACGGGCUGUUACGAUUUAUGACGAAGCGUACAGGAUAAGAGCAAUGACAAUGACAAUAAGAACGGGUCUAGUUCAUCAAUGUCAAGAAGAGCAUGACAUUGUGGUAGUUGUGUUGGCGGUCGGAGAAAUAGUAGAGAAGAUACGAUAUGGUAUCACUAUUGAAAUACAAACUGCUAUUGCCACAGAUAUCAGUGGACAGUUUGUGUUUAUCGAAUUCAAUAAAUCGUUUUUUAUUGAUUUAGAUAAUUUAUUAAUACCCAAGAACAUAUUGACUAUUAUUAACUUAAGACAUGCUUAUUAUGAUUCAAAUUAUAGGGUUCACAUGCUUUCAACAUGUGAUGUGACAGUGAUCAAGCAAUUUCCUUCUGAAGAUUACUUGAAGCAAGCCAGAUCAAGGCUUGAAUCUUGGGUCAAAGUUAAUGGAUCAAUUCUUAGUGUUUAUGAAUCUAAUGCAAAAAAACUGUGUAAAUCACUUUCACCCUAG